UCUCAGAGUUCCAAGUCCUCACUCUCGCCUGCAUUUCCACAUUGCAUUUCCUCACUCCAUUGCUGUCAGCUCACAUCGUUCGCCGAAUUCAUCACUUCCAACCCUCGUUUCGAUCUAGCUUCCGUUGUUUCUUCAGUCAAUCAAUCAGUCAGUCAACAUGAAUCCCUUCACCAGUCUGAAGGUACGACUGCGCAGACUCACUCGCGGCUCAGCUCAUGUGAGCACCACCACCGGACAAGCUACGCGCGUUCACACCACAGGUCACUGGAGGCGCCACUUGAAUCGUGCAAUGUGCUGGAGGAGGCCCAGACGCACCCGAACAAGUGUCACCAUCUAAAUCAUCGGUGAGAAGAAGAGAAAGACAUUGCCAUGGGAGAUUAGGAGAAGCAGUGGAGGAGCGUUUCUUCGUUUGCCGUGAAGAUUGCGAUGAGGCUCUUGAGAAGUGAUCGCCAGUCGAGCGAACUCUUCCAAGACGCAAGAUAGAAGGUUGGACAUCACACGACGAAAAUAUUCCGACGAAAAUAUUUGCUGCUGUGAGAUUGUACGAAGCAGCUGCCUCACAAAGUACCUUGGACAUCACAAGACCUCGUAUUACAUAGUUUUCAUCUGUUUCGCUUUUUAGGUAGUUUUUAGAGAGGGAAAUAAUGUUUUUUAUUUCCGCCUCAUGUAUAGAGAAAUCGAGUGUACUUGUCUAUAUGUAGCACCACAGCUGUCACAAGUAAGAUAUGACAAAUUGAUCACAAGCCCACUUCAAAUCCGGAAAUAUCUAUAGAAUUCAUUUUAGCGUGUAAGUAUCUGAAUUUGGAAUAUAACAGAGUUGGGAUUC